AUGGCAUCCCACAACAGCACUGCGCACAUCAUGGUUACGAUCAGCCCAGAUGGUAAAACUAGUGUCGGUGCUGCAAUGGCCAUGUCCGAUAGCCCCGGCUCGACCGACAAGAAGGCCGGCCUACCGACAGAAGACAUUGAGACAGCAUCCUCUUCACUGAGCCUGGAGGAAAGGAACGAAAGAGAAAUUGUCGAGCAUCCCAACGAGAUCACCGAUGAUGCCCAGACUGGUGUCAAAAAGGCCGAGGCCGUUGCUCUGGUCUGGUCCACGGCCGCCUUAUACUACACAUAUGCCUGGAUAUGUCUCUGCUUCUUUAUCCUCGCACUUCAGUCCUCUGUCGGCAGCAACAUGAUGUACUAUGCAUACGCCGACUUCUCAUCCGCACCGCAGAUCUCCCAGGCCUACAUCAUCGGCUCUAUCAUCUCGGGUGUUAUCCAGCUGCCCAUUGCCAAGACCCUCAACCUCUGGGGCCGUGCCGAAGGUUUUCUCGUCGUCCUCACUGUCUACCUCGUUGGAAUCAUCAUCCUCGCUUCCUGCAAUGGCGCCAAGAGCUUUGCCGCCGGUUACACGAUUUACUAUAUUGGGUACACGUCUGUCAACUUCAUUCUCAGCAUCUUUGUUGCCGACUCUGCAGGCCUACGAAACCGGGCAUUUGCAUACGCCUUUAUCGGCACACCUAGCAUCUGCACCGCCUUUACAGGAUCCUUGAUCGCCCAGGCAUUCUAUGAGCACUCUACGUGGCGAUGGUCUUAUGGUUGCUUCGUCAUCAUCGUCUUCUUCACAUUUACCCCUCUAACCCUUGUCUUAAAGUUCUACCAACGCAAGGCUGAGAAGAUGGGCCUUUAUGUGCGGACCCGAAGCGGUCGUACAACCUGGCAAUCUGUUGUCCACUACUUUUACGAGUUUGAUCUUGUUGGUGGUUUCUUUCUGAUGGCCGUCUUUGUUCUUCUUCUAUUGCCCUUUAGCCUAGAGAUAUACGGCUACGGGAGCUACUCGUCGCCCACGUUCAUCUGUAUGAUUGUUUUUGGUGCCGUGCUGCUGCCUGUGUUUGCGCUCUGGGAGAGGUUUAUGGCCAAGACCGCCUUCGUCAAGUGGGAGCUGUUCAAGAAGCGGACCGUCGUCGGUGCCUGUGUUCUGUCAGCUGUCAUUUUCUUCAACUAUGCCGCCUGGGACACAUACUACUACUAUUAUCUCCAGGUGGUCUACAAUCUCAAUACGGCCAAGACUGGAUACAUGAAUCAGAUCUACAGUGUUGGGUCAACCAUAUGGGCUGUCUUGUUUGGUGUUUGGAUCCGCCAGACAAAGUACUUUAAGAAGGUCUGCCUCUUCUUUGGCGCUCCGCUUCUGGUACUGGGAGCCGGCCUGAUGGUGCACUUCCGUGGCAGCGAUAGCAAGAUUGGAUAUUUGAUUAUGUGCCAGAUAUUGAUUGCUUUUGGCGGUGGAACCUUGGUUAUUGGUGACGAGAUGGCUGCCAUGGCUGCUGCCGAUCGUGAAGGCAUUCCCAUGGUCAUCGCCCUGAUCAGUCUUUUCGGCAGUCUCGGCGGUGCUAUCGGCUAUGCUGUGGCAGUGGCCAUCUAUUCCAAUACUUUCCCGUCGGCUCUGCUCAAGGCCCUUCCUGACGACACCAAGGCCGACUAUCUCACCAUCUACCUCGGUGGCUCGACAACACAAUUACUGUACCCUAUCGGCACUGCGGCCAGAACUGCUAUCGACUAUGCAUGGACAGAGAGCCAAAAGUAUCUAUGCAUCGCAGCAGUUUCUAUUGUCGGCCUUGCAUUCCUGGCUGUUGCCAUCUGGAAGAACUAUGAUGUUGACAGGAGGCAAGUCAAGGGCCUUGUCUUGUAG